GUAAAUUCUAAUUCUUUGUACUUAUUAUUUAUUAAUGUGUAAAUCAGAUAUAUUUUAAAAAUAUUUUCUAUAUUUCGUCCCAUGCUACCUAGAAUUAGCGAAAGGGUCUAUUUAGAUAUUUUUAAGUCAGUUUCAAAUGGAAAUAACAGGAUUCCACUAAAAAUCGCACUUAAUAAAUUAAACUCUUUUUUUAAUUCUCCAGAAAAUCCUUAUAAAAAGUAUAUGUGUAACGAUUCUACAGAUUACAAUAUUACGACUGAAGAAUUCAUGGACCAGUUUUAUUCACGUCAUAUUGACAAGAAACAUGGAUUGAGGUCACAGAUAUUAAUGGUUGGAGGACCUAAGACCAUUCGAGGUAAUCCCGGAGGACUAAUGAACUCUAUGUUCUCAUUUCCACAGAUUACACUUUAUCAAUUUGUUGGAAUAGCCAAGGACAUGGAAUGUAUAUUUCUGGAAAAAAUUCUUCCUUGCUCUCAAGGCACUAAACUAACCAGAACGUGUAAUACAAGUGAAUUUUCUAAAUUACAAAAGAUGAAAAGUAAAGAGAUUAUAAAGGAUUUAAAUUCAAAAGUACAAAAUUGCGAUCAUUUAGAAUAG